CUUCCACCAACGCUCGGGAAAUUCUAGAAGGAUGUUCGUCGCAAACAUACUGUCGCUUACAGCCGCCCUUUUUGCGCCUUCUGUUUACGCCGGUGUUAUAGCGUCCCAAUCUAGCCUUCCGUACAAUUUUACCCUGGCCGCACUCAACUCAUCCUUACCAAACGCGAACUACACAGGGGCGCCAUUGGUCCUCGGUCAAAACGGUGCCAGCACAGGAGUUUCAUUCUACGUGACGUCUACACACGCAUCCUAUCCUUACAACGAUUAUCCCACGUUGGCUCUACGGGAUAAUAUCUUAAAAGCUUAUAGAACCUCUGGACCGUCGAUAACCAACGCAACGGAGGUACAGAGUGGCGGAGAACUUGUUUGGAUUACCACUACGCAAGGCCAUGCAGGCUCGGAGAACUAUUCGGUUAUAAAAGCUCCCGCCUAUCGCUUUCCCGUUCUCGCCGCUCAUGGCAUACACGACCUUUGGUCAUUAUGCCCCUUCCAAGGAGGCCAAACAAAUGUUGUAUUCAAUGUCUCGACUGAUCAACCUAACGCGGGGUCCGAUCCAUCACAAUGUUAUCAAGUCAUAAUCAAUGUGGUUCCAAUCCCUCAAUCUUACUAGGUCCUUUAGGGACAGCCUGCUAAGAACCCGGUUCCCUCGCAAUUUAUUUCCAAAAAAUUCGUCAUUACGAAAAGCGGACUUUUAGAUACCAGCAUCAGGACUUAAUUGUAUACCUUUAAACUUUCAGUGACGCCUUGUUGU